AGGGCGUAUUUCGAUGCCCUGCAAUACUCACUGAUGGUUAGGGUUACGGGGACCAGUGGUGGGUAUACUGGAAGAACGUUACCUUGAGAAGAUGAUAUUCGGGAACGGCGAGGGCAAAAGCAGAUCUCGGGAGGAAAUAAUCGACAACACUCUUUUGCAGGUUUAUGUAAAAGGCGGAUGCGCUGAGGAGAGACACCAGACGGCGAUUUAAACGGCUCAUCCAGAGGGAAAGCGUUCAUCCCGGCGAGUGGAAACUAUAGCUGAUGGUCAUUAUAGGAAAUGUGUCGGAUCGGUUCCUUUUUCUUACCCCGAUCGCGGAUUUUUAGGACGGGGGAGACUUUGUGAAAACGCUCCCGAGGAGCUAAAUGCCCGGCGACAAAGCAUAGAUAACAAACAACCGGCGAUAUCUUGCUGACAGCCAGAUCCCCAACCCCAAUACGAUGCUGCCCCGCCUGCAGAGAGCCCUGCGACCCGCCCUUGCCCUUCGAUCCGGGCUAGCUUGCAGAGCUCCCCGCGGCAGCGACCUCCGCACGGCGCCCAAGACGCCGACCCCCGUGCACAGUCGCGGCUUGGGCACGCACCCCCACAAGGAACCGAUGGAGCCGCUGAACUCGCCGCAGGGCGCACGGGAGUUCAUCUACAGCCUGCAUCCCACGGAGCGGACGUGCCUGCUGCGGGAGCUACACCGCUUCGAGUCCAUAGCUAUAGCACAAGAGAAACUGGAAAUGGCCCCUCCAACAGCAGCUCAGCUGAGAUACGUACUCCUGCACAACGCCAUCCCCUUCGUUGGAUUUGGGUUUCUGGACAACGCCAUCAUGAUCGUGGCUGGGACGCAGAUUGAGCUGUCCAUAGGGGUCAUUUUGGGGAUCUCCACUAUGGCAGCCGCAGCCUUGGGGAACCUGGUGUCAGAUCUGGCCGGACUCGGCCUCGCCGGGUACGUAGAGGCCUUGGCCAGCCGACUGGGCAUGCAGAUCCCCGACCUGUCGCCCAAGCAGGCGGACAUGUGGCAGACCAGGGUCAGCUCGCACGCGGGAAAAGCCAUAGGGGUCGGUAUUGGCUGUGUGCUGGGGAUGUUCCCCUUACUCUUCUUCAAGGACGACGACGAGCAGGACACGAAAGGGGGUGACGGACCCAAGCAGCCACUGCAGGACUCCAAAGGAGUGAUUUCAUGACCCGGUGACUGUGACCUCGGGAUCUCAGCUGCCUGGAAAUCGGCCCGUAACCCACGUUUGUUGUUGGGAAAACCCAAAUCCCUUUCCGCGGCCAAGGUUGGAGCCAUCUCACUUGCACAAACUCUGAGCCGGGCCGGACCGGACCAGGACUGGGAGGGCACCUGGGCCACUGCUGAAUGGCUUUGCUUGACGAAUGCAAAACCGCUCAGCUGGCCCCGCCAUUAGGGGGCGCUUCUGAGCCUCUGAGUUCCUCUGAAAAUGCAUGCUUAGCUUCUCUCUUGGUUCUUAGAGUAUCUGUACUCUGUAGAGUAACAGACUGUAUCCUAGAACAAUAUUAGAGUAUUAGAACAAAUAUUGAAGCUGUUCAGUAACCCUGUCAAGGCACAGCUAUAACUUGUAUUUAUAUAUAGUUUUAAAAAAUGUUGCUGUCACUAUUUAAUUUUUAAUUUAACCUCAUUUUGCUGUUUUUAGGUUUCCGUUACAUAUGAAGUGAUUUAUCUGUUAUAUUAACGUUUCUGUGUUUUGGUUCGUUGUGGACUGGGUCGCCUGCAAAGCGUUUGCUUCAUUAACCAAACCGUGUCCCCUACUGCCUCGAAAUGGGACCGCAUGUCCGAGUGUCUUCAUUCUCUAUUAAGCCAAGAUGACGCUCGUUCGCUCAUUCUGCAUGGGUCGCUUGGACCAUUCAGCUGCCAGUUUGCAGCCGUCACCCUUGCCCUCAUUGGCCUACGGUGUUUUUCCAUUGUUAGCCAAUCAGCAUUGGGGUAUUAGUUCAUCAGUUGAUGUCUGGGGUCCACAGAGCCCUGCUCAGCUGACGAUAGCAGUUCCUAUUAUUAUUUUUUUUUCCCAGUGAAGUCUAGCAUGUUUAUCUUCUCAGUCUGGUCCCAGGGACAUGCAGCUCUCACUCUGUCACAGGCUCAUUGACGUUUGGCUCACAUGAUCGUGCUUUUAACUUAAAAUUCCUGCAUGAUCCUCAGGCGUGUGGGAGUUCUGUCUGGACUGGAGCUUCUCACAUUGGACAGCCCCCAGUCUGUCUUCCCAGCUGCCACGAGCAUGACCAUGUGUCAUCCGAGUCACAGAUGACAUUCUCCUUCUCUUUUCUUGAUGCCCUGUGUUUCCAGAAGUGCCGUGCUCGUGGUGAGGUCAUUCUAGUCGUGAAACAACAGAAAUGUGCGAAAGCUUUGUAAAAACCGAAGCCUUACACACCGAUGUAUGUGCAGUCACACUCAAGAGAACUUUCUAGAAGGGAUUUGAGGCUGCUACAUUAAGGUUUGUUGAAGUAAAGUUUUUUUUUUUUUGUUUCUCAUAAACACAAGAGUGACAGAUUUGAGGGGAUGUUUAUGUACGUUAGUUAAAUUCAUUGUGCUAUGAGAGAACAGUAACACAAAACCAACAGAAUGUAUCAUGCCUUAAAUGUUUUAAGUUUAAGUUUAUUUCUUUCCCCCCACUGGUUUUCCAGUUCUUUCUUUGUCCUCCCCAUUAAAGACAAAAAUAAAGAAGCCCUUGUUAUUUUA